AUGUACGGCGAGACCGCAGCACCUACGUUCACGAGUCUUCAGGCUGGCGUAUUCUCACAAAAACAGAAGCGAUCCAUAUUAUUGGACAAUAAGCUCAUACAUCAAGCGAUGAAACUGAUGCGCUGGUUCCGCUCGGCGGAUUUGCGGUACGAGAUAGGUGAGCGACUUGUUACGAGGCACCCGUCAACCCAGCGUGUCCCGGUGGCGCUGUCGCACGCAGACAGGCGAAGAGCCCCCAGUCUCUGCGCGCUAACCAGCGCGAGCACGUCUGCAUCUAGCGUCCACAGCAGCUUGCUGCGAUACGUGCAGCGUGACCUGGAGGGACGACCUCUUGGGCGCGUUUUAUCGAACACGGGAGCGAUCAGAGGCUUUUCGGCAACAAGCGCAGGUGACGCAACGCUGGAGACUGCACCGCUGGACGAGCUGCGGCGGGGACUGGGCGCUCCGGAUCUACAGCUCGAAGACUCGCUGGAUACCGGUGACGGGAGACCUGCAAAGCGCGACGCGAGUUUCACGGUGCGCCUCUUGCAGUACCUGGUGCAGCGCUACCGAGGCCGUGUUCAUCCAAACCCGCUUGCAGUGGCGCAAAGCGCUACAGUUAGGGACCUGCUCUACCUCUUUGCGAAACUUGAUCGGGAUCUGGCGGUUCGCGAAGGUAGGGACACCGCCGCAUGGCGAGCCUGGCGCUUACAGCGUUUCUUCGGCGUCUCCAGCAUGGACGAGAUACCACCGAACGUAACGAUUGACGCUCGACUCUUGCCGGAUGCACCUUCACCGGGUUCCGUUCCGUAUAACCGAAGAAAAAUCCGUGAGCGUUUACGUCGCGUGCUGGAGUCUGCGCGUGCAUCGACGUCGCCUCAGAAUGAGCACGAACCUGGGGCAUGA